AUGGGGGCCUUGCGAGCCAAGCAGGCAGAGUGUGUUCUACUUUGCAUGUUUUCUUUGCCUCCACGGCGUGUUCCAGCGUGCGAGGCCGAGCACUCCGGCGCUGGUUGGCAGGUUUCUGGAGAUGUGCCACGGGCACCGAUGCGGGGCGUGCGGCGAGUCAUGGCCGAGGCAGAGAUAUCAGACUCGGACUCAGACAAAGAGGAGGGCUUUCCGGACUACUACAAUGAUGAAGAGCAAGAAAGUGAUGAUGAAAAGCAAGGCAAGAGAUUCAGCCUGCAAUUUGAGCGGGUGGUUCCAGAUUCAGCCUACUCCGUGAGUGCGGAAGAUGGUGUGCUGAUGGAUCCCACAUCACCUGAAAGAACUGAGAUAGAAGAGGCCUUUGCUGAACGCUGGUGGUCAGACUUGCGUCGCCGUUUCUUCAGGCACAAUCAUCGGGCCUACGCAAUUGUGGACGGGCAGUGGCAACGGGUUCCAGAUCCCAAAGGCCCACACUACAAGCCUCGCAAACGCUACCGCCCGCGUGCACACCAGCGAGAAGCUUUAUUGAAGCGGAAGAUGCGUGCAAGCGGACAAAGCACUGGCUAA